UGGAGAAGAGAGGGCGGGCCCUCGUGCAGCAGCGCAGGGAGAGUGACAGGCACCUCCGCCAAUGAGGCUCGGGGCCAGCCUGUAGAGCCAGGGGAGCGCUUGAGGGUAGCGGUGUGCGUGUGGCAGCGGAGCAGCGUGUGCGGCCUCGGCGAGCGGAGAGGCCCCUGCGGCGCAGGCGGAGCCCGGCCAGAACCAGUAAUGAUGAAUGGUUCCAACGUUGCCAAUACGACGACGUCCAACGCUAAAUCCAAAGACGAGCAGGUAGUGAACGGGCAUGAUGAGAAGGAGAACAACCCUUUCGCCGAGUACAUGUGGAUGGAGAACGAAGAGGAUUUCAACAGACAGGUGGAGGAGGAGCUGCAGGAGCAGGACUUCCUUGACCGCUGUUUCCAGGAGAUGCUGGAUGAAGAGGACCAGGACUGGUUUAUUCCAUCACGCGACCUGCCCCAGGGCAUCGGGCAGCUGCAGCAGCAGCUGAAUGGCCUCUCGGUGGGCGACAGUUGCAGUUCAGAGGAUAUUUUGAGCAAAAGCAACUUGAACCCCGACGCCAAGGAGUUUGUUCCUGGAGUGAAGUACUGAACCUUCAGGCAAACGGACUGUGUCCCUGGCUUUUGGAGUGGGAGCGGGGGGUGGGAAAGGAUCCGGGCGAGAGUUGAACUCGGCACUGUGAAUGGAGUCGCCGCGAUGCAGGGAAAUCUUGCUCUAUAAGCUUCUCGGGUACCUUUUUAUUUUUCCUUUAUAGCAUCUCUUGUUUGGGCAGGCAGCUUUCUGGGACUUGCGGCCCUGCGGGCUUAUCUCGCGACUGCUACUCCAUCGACGGCCAAGUCCAGGUGUGUGCUUCGAACCAGCUAACAGAGGCCAUUUUUGAAAGCAGGUUCCCUGCUCUCCUUCCCAUCCACAGCGGGCCAGGAAGUGCUGUGGGGCUUGGGGAAGGAUCUGGAUUGGGUGCACUUCCGAUUUCCGUUCAGCAGGGAUUUUAGAAAAGCUGAAGCGUAAUGAGGCUGCGACUCGAAAUCCUUCCAGCCUGCUGGAUUUCCCAGCUCUCCUCCGGAAACACGACGAACGCCCUUCCUCUGCAUGCACCGACCACUAGACUGGGUAACUCUCUGCAGAUUGAGAGGAGCCCGGCCUGCGUUUCUUGUUGGUGGAAGUUCUCAAGCCAGGGAGAUCAGAUCAGCAAGAGGCCAAGUGACCACCGGGGAAAUGGCUCCUUCUACAGAAUGUCCAUUCGCCUUGGCUAUUUGUUUCUGGCUCUUGAGCUUAUUCAGCACUGCAGGCUGCCCCUCUGAAACCUCCAGCAUCUGCCAUUUACAAAUCACUAGGCAAAGUGACCCACCUUUUGGCUUAAACAAAAAACAAACCCAAAGGGAACUAAAUGCUUCCACUCCCUGGCAUGCUACGGAGAGCUGUGUUCCAGCUCCCACGGCAAACCCUUCUUAGAGAGAACGAUCCAGCCACGUCUGGUGCGCUCCUUAUGGGCCCCAUCUUGCAAGGUGCUGUGCUCCCCUUGGAAGAAGACGCUCAGCAGCUUGUGAGAUUAGGCCCUGGCUCUUUGGAGUGUGGUCUGUCUGCUCCCUGGGCAUUCACGAGUGUCUCAUGAGAAUGCUGCCAUUGGGGCUGCUGGUCAUCACCUUCCCCGGGCAGGGAGGGGCCUGGCUUGAUGUCCUGACUUGUGCCUCACAAUGUGCCUCUUGCCGUGUGAGAUGCUUUGUGGGUCUGGAGGCAAAUUUGGCUUCUGAUAACGAAUGCUUUGAGCUGAUGAGAAUUGUUGGCAAACAAAUCAGAGCCCCCAGGAGACCUGUGGGAACCAGCUGGGAGCAGGAGACGCUGCCCAUGUUGUCAACCAGUGUUUUUUGAAUGGUCCCAUGGUUUGGGAUUUAACCCUUAUGGGCUUGUCUCAGCAGUGGCACGGUCCCCAUUGAACUUAGGCCUCCAGGUAUUUAGAGAUAAAAGCAUCUUGGGUUGCAGGAGUUGAAGUCACUUCUGAAGCCCUCUGAGCCAUGGUUACACUGGUCUGAGAAACACAGGAACUUCCUGUACCAGGAAGGGAUUUCCAUCCUCAGACUAGUCCAGGGGAGUGGGAAGAGCAGGUCCCCUGGGCGCUGUCAGAUGGACUUGCUGGGGCGGUACAGGAGGCUGGGGAACCUUCAGCGGAAAGGUGAGGGAGUGGCUUUUAGGAGGCAUUGCCCUGGGGCGGCCAGAGGGCCUGCAGGAUCGAGCUCUCUAUAGAAGCAGAUACCAGGAAUUCUAACAAGAGCUGGUAAACCGCAGGCCCAGCUCCAUUUGGAACACACGCUCACAGCUUCCCUCUCCUCUGUGCCAAGCCAAGCCAUCUCUCCUUGCAGCAGGAGGCCCCGCGGGAUGCAGGCUUGAGCUUCCCCAAAGCAGAGCCCCAGCCUCUUUGGGUUUUAAACCAUCUGCCGGGAGGUUGGUGGCUUCCUCCUUCUGGAAACCAAGCUCAGCAACCUCUGCGCCAGGUGGAACCAGCGUCUCUCAGUGAGGUUGCCUAGGCCGACACUUGCUUUUUUUUUUUCUCUACAUCUGGCCUUGGUGAAGUAGACUGGGAUUCUCUGCUCUGUCCAUGUACAACACAAGCCACAAACUCCCAUCUUCAGUGUGUCACCAGGUUUUUAAUCUCCCCUCCUUGCUGCAGCUUUUUAUAUCGUCCCUUCAAACUUUUUCAGUAGGCUGGCAAUGGGGAUUCUGGAGUCCUUUCAGAUCUCGCCUGGGCUGGUAGGAUGGAAAUUAAUUACAUGAGAGGGCUGCUUACUGGCCUGUGUGAAAUGAGUGAGGUUCUCAGGCCAGUUCCCACUGGCCUGGCAAACCCCAUCGCGCCAGCUGGCUCCAGUGUUGGCAAGCUGAAAAGAAGGAUCCAUGGAGCAUGACUUCCCCUUGGGGCAUAGUCAAAGCACACGGCAUUAUUGCUCUCUGUAUGGGACCUGCUUUGAGAUUAAACUGAGAAAUCCAGUCUCCGUGGCUGUCGGGCUGACGCCUUCAACCAGCACUAAACUCCCUUGCAAACUUCACCCAGGGUCAGAAGUGGCUCAGACUGGAGUCUGACUGAAGUCUGCAGGUACCUAUACAAAUAUUGCUACACAAUGGCAGGGUUGGGCCUGAUUGUGUUAUGUUCUCCUGUUCUUGGGUACAACCGUUGCCUUCAGUGCCUACUUUCUGUUGCCCCCUCUAAAAGGGGUUUUUCCAUUAUCUGGAGCCAGAGCGCACGCCUUGCUACGUAUCUAGCGAUGGAUGGACUAUGGCACAGGAACAGCCCAGUCUGCUGGGUCAGUGUGGAUUCCACUGCCAUGAGAGAUUAAUGCCCACAUGACUGUGCAGGAGUGGUAAGGGUGGGCAUACAGGUCAAACUUCUUUUGUAUCACUGGUUGAGUUCUCAAUUCCCCCCUGCCACCCUGCUCUGGCUUCUUUCUGACUUUUUUGAAAACACUUUCUGAUGACGUGCUGUACAUUUUUAAGAUAAUGCAUUAUUAAAAAUAAACCUUUUGGAGUUGUGCAGA